CCCCCGCCUCCCCCGGCAGCGGCAGCAGCAGCAGAAGCAGCAUCAGCAGCAGAAGACCUCCAUCCAUCCCUCCCUUCUUCCCUCCAUCCAUCCUUCCCUCCCGCUCCGAACCCGUGCUCGGUGGUGGUGUCCCGGGUCGCCGUCGGUCUGGUGCCAUCGUCUAGUUCGCGCCCCCACGGAAUGUAUCAGAGCCCGACUCGCUUUUGCUCGGCCCUGCUCCAAAGAGACGUGUCCAGCCUCUGCUGCGUAUCCUCCUCCAGGCUGCGGAGGCAAUCCCCUUCUCCCCCCGCGCCUCUGCGAUCUCAUUCCCCUCGGCCCCUGUCUGAGACUGGUGCUUCUCCUCCCCCUCUCCAUCCUCCUCCUCCUCCCCCUCCUCCCCCUCCUCCCCCACCUCCUCCUCCUCACCUGGCGGCGACGGAGCUGGCUUCUGGUCCCGAGAUUGCGUCCUCCAGGACAGCGUGUCCCAUGGGAAACGGAACGAGCAGGCUCUAUGGUGCUAUCGCCAAGACCCUGAAUGGCUCUGCAGCCCCCCAGCACCCUGAGUGUCUGGUGCCUCCUGACUCAGAACAGCUGGAUCCCAUAGAUCCGAAAGAGCUGCUCGAGGAAUGCAGGGCAGUCCUGCACACACGGCCUCCCCGCUUCCAGAGGGAUUUUGUGGACUUGAGGACGGACUCGACAAGUAGCCACCCACCCAUUAGGGUCAUGCAGUGGAACAUCCUUGCUCAAGCUCUUGGGGAAGGCAAAGAUAACUUUGUACAGUGCCCUGUGGAGGCACUCAAAUGGGAAGAAAGAAAAUGUCUCAUCCUGGAAGAGAUCCUGGCCUACCAGCCAGACAUCCUGUGCCUGCAGGAGGUGGACCACUACUUUGACACUUUCCAGCCGCUCCUCAGUAGACUGGGCUACCAGGGCACCUUCUUUCCAAAGCCGUGGUCGCCCUGUCUGGACGUGGAACACAACAACGGACCCGACGGCUGCGCCUUGUUUUUCCUUCAGAACAGGUUCAAGCUGGUCAACAGCACCAACAUCAGGCUGACCGCCAUGACCCUUAAAACUAACCAGGUGGCCAUCGCGCAGACGCUGGAGUGCAAGAAGACGGGGCGGCUGUUCUGCAUCGCCGUCACCCACCUGAAGGCACGCACCGGCUGGGAGCGGUUCCGGUCUGCGCAAGGCAGUGACCUCCUCCAGAACCUGCAGAACAUCACGCAGGGGGCCAAGAUCCCGCUUAUCGUGUGCGGGGACUUUAACGCAGAGCCCACGGAAGAGGUCUACAGACACUUCGCCUCGUCUAGCCUCAACCUCAACAGCGCCUACAAAGUGCUGAGUGCCGACGGGCAGUCGGAGCCCCCGUACACCACGUGGAAGAUCCGGUCUUCCGGGGAGUGCCGGCACACGCUGGACUACAUCUGGUAUUCUGAACAGGCUUUAAACGUGCGCUCGGCUCUUGGCUUGCUCACCGAGGAGCAGAUCGGUCCCAACCGGCUGCCUUCCUUCAAUUACCCUUCGGACCACCUGUCUCUAGUGUGUGACUUCAGCUUUAACGAGGACCAAGACCCACCUUUAUAGCUUAUCGGGGGCUCAGUUUCUAGUCACAAAAGUCUUAACUAGGGAAAUGGAAAUAAGAAGUUGCCUGAGGAAGGAUUCACUGUUUCUCAGCUUACCUUUAUGGCAUGGUCUUUGGGGAGGAGGAAAAAAAACAAACCACAAUUUCACAAUCUUUUUGAUUAAAGUCUCUAUCAAAAAAAAAAAAAAAGGUGUAUGCACCCCAAUUUGGGCUGGUGGUAUUUUCUCUCCCCUCAGCAUUAGCUUUUGAUGAAGUAAGGGAACUCUGUCAUUUAUUUGGAAUUUUUUUCCUUCCCAAGGAUUUGGUGCCAAUGUGGACUUGCUUGGAUCCUCCCUAACUGGGGUUGGGUGUACAUAUAUAUAUCAUCAUGACAGCACUCCUUUUUUUUUUUUUUUUAAUUUAUGGCAUUUUAAAAAGACAUUAAUAGGAAAGGACUGUGCAUAGUCACGUUAUUUUUUUUUAAUUUUGCAUUGUAAAUGACAUAAGCAAACAUUUAGAAGCUUAGCAUGUGACAACCAUACUGGAUGCUCUCUGGAGCCCAUGAAGGUUUCAUAGCAUCCCUUUUAAAACAGACAAACAGGGGCAGCCGAGUAGUUCAGUGGAUUGAGAGCCAGACCUAGGUUCAAAUCCGGCCUCACUUCCCAGCUGUGUGACCCUGGGCA